UGAAUAUGUUCCAGCAUUCCUGUUAUUUUGGAGAUAAAAAGAUACUAUAGCUAGCAAUGCAAAACUCUAUCAGUCAAAGGAAUGUAAAACCUUUCAAACUGUACCAUAUUUUGGCAUAUAUUCCUUGGGAACGUUAAGGUUAUGUUAACUUGUCAAGAUUACUGCAAAUAUAGUUGUGUAUUUUGGAGCAGAGGGUGAAUAAGUAAGGAAUAGACUUAAAUCUAGUGAUAUUCCUGAUGAGAUCGACAGACUUUAUUGGCUCUGUAGCUAACUAUUAAAAUGUAUUUGAUUUUUCAUUUCAAAUUUCAUGGUUAAUGUUAUAGUUUUGUAGCUCUCGUCUCUCCCUCCAUCCCAUCCCCCAACUAGGAGCAUAAAAAAUCAUAGAGAUUAACGGAAUUCCUCUUAAAGAUGCACAAACGUUGAGUUUGGUAGAAGAAAUGUUGCAGUCAAUCAUGUAACAGUAUUUAGGGACUGUUUGAGGAAUAAUGUACCCCCAACUGUACAUAAUAAGACUGUAAUUCCAUUAAUGGGUUCUGGUGACGACAUAAGCCACAAGAGUGCAGCUCUACUACCUUGUCAAUAUCACUGGAACUCAGAGGUGGAAUUACAACCUUAAUUUAUGUAUGUUUUGCAGGUUCCUUAUGUCAUGUUAACAUUGAAAAUGUGUGGGUACUGCUGAAAUGCCACAGAGCCACUUAAUUACUAGAGUUACUUAAUUAUCUUCUGUGCCAAAUAGUGUUUGUCAUGACAGCCUUCUAUAGGUACUGUACACUAUCUGUAUCUGUGGGUUUGGGGAAAUUUUCUCUCUACACUGCCCCAGCCACUCAGUUCGUUAGUUUUCAGGGCAGAGUGGACUCUCAAGAGUUGGCCAAAGAAGUGUAAGCUAUUUAUUCCUUUUCUGUACCCUUUGUUUACAAACAGCCCUCAAAAAGCAUAACAAAACAGAGGAGCUCUAUUUAUGCUAGGAUUCAUAACCCAAAACAAAGGAUAGAAACAAUAAAUACAGUAAGUAAUGUUAACAAAGAAUGCCAAUAUUAAACUAAUAUAAAAUUAUUUGUAUUAUAGUAGCAGUGUGGAACCUAAUCAGGUUUGAGGCUCUAUUGUACUGGCUCUGUACAGACAUAGAGGAAGACAGUUCUUCUCCCAAAGAGCUCGCAAUCUGAUGUAAAAGAAGAUACAAGAGGAGGUGACAAAAUAAAUGAUUGGGGAGCAUGACUUCUGCAACUUCACCUAUCAUUUUAAAAUGGGACCCCAAAAGCUUAGAAAUCAGGACUCUUACAGUAGAGAGGCUCUUGGAACCACUUGUUACACAGGUGACAACCCUUGUUAACACAAGCAACAAAGGGCCAUCUGGUAAAAAGAAAGGGCGAUCUAAGAAGGCACAUGUGUUGGCUGCUUCAGUAGAACAAGCUACCCAAAACUUUUUGGAAAAAGGAGAACAGAUUGCUAAAGAGAGCCAUGACCUCAAGGAGGAAUUGGUUGUUGCUGUAGAGGAUGUACGCAAACAAGGUGAAACAAUGAGAAUUGCCUCUUCAGAGUUUGCUGAUGAUCCAUGUUCCUCCGUGAAACGAGGCACCAUGGUGCGGGCUGCUCGGGCCUUGCUGUCGGCUGUUACUCGCUUACUCAUCCUGGCUGAUAUGGCUGAUGUCAUGAGGCUUUUGUCCCACCUGAAAAUUGUAGAAGAAGCACUGGAAGCUGUGAAGAACGCAACAAAUGAGCAAGACCUAGCAAAUCGUUUUAAAGAAUUUGGGAAAGAGAUGGUGAAACUUAACUAUGUGGCUGCCAGAAGACAACAGGAACUGAAAGAUCCUCACUGUAGGGAUGAAAUGGCUGCUGCUCGAGGUGCUCUGAAGAAGAAUGCUACUAUGCUGUACACGGCAUCUCAAGCGUUUCUCCGUCACCCUGAUGUAGCAGCCACUAGGGCCAACAGAGAUUAUGUCUUCAAACAAGUACAAGAAGCAAUAGCUGGUAUCUCUAACGCUGCACAGGCCACCUCACCAACCGAUGAGAACAAGGGGCACACUGGUAUUGGAGAACUUGCUGCAGCACUAAAUGAAUUUGAUAACAAGAUUAUUUUAGACCCUAUGACUUUCAGUGAGGCCAGAUUCAGACCAUCUCUUGAAGAGAGGUUGGAGAGUAUUAUCAGUGGAGCAGCACUGAUGGCAGACUCUUCAUGCACACGUGAUGACCGCCGAGAGAGAAUUGUUGCUGAGUGCAAUGCUGUACGACAGGCCCUCCAGGACCUACUUAGCGAGUAUAUGAAUAAUACCGGGAGGAAAGAAAAAGGGGACCCACUGAACAUUGCCAUUGACAAGAUGACCAAAAAAACAAGGGAUCUACGAAGACAGCUACGGAAGGCAGUGAUGGAUCAUAUAUCUGACUCAUUCCUGGAGACCAAUGUUCCAUUACUUGUUCUUAUUGAGGCUGCAAAGAGUGGUAACGAGAAAGAAGUGAAGGAAUAUGCUCAAGUUUUCCGUGAACAUGCCAACAAGUUAGUUGAGGUUGCCAAUCUGGCCUGUUCUAUCUCCAAUAACGAAGAAGGUGUGAAGUUAGUCCGUAUGGCAGCAACCCAGAUUGAUAGUCUAUGCCCACAGGUAAUAAAUGCUGCACUCACGUUGGCUGCCAGACCCCAGAGCAAAGUAGCUCAGGACAACAUGGAUGUCUUUAAAGAUCAGUGGGAGAAACAAGUGAGGGUUCUCACUGAGGCAGUUGAUGACAUCACUUCUGUGGACGACUUCCUCUCUGUCUCAGAAAACCAUAUUCUGGAGGAUGUGAAUAAAUGUGUGAUCGCCCUCCAAGAAGGGGAUGUUGAUACACUGGACAGAACUGCAGGUGCAAUCCGUGGCCGUGCAGCCAGAGUCAUUCACAUCAUCAAUGCAGAGAUGGAAAACUAUGAAGCUGGAGUUUAUACCGAGAAGGUACUGGAAGCUACAAAAUUGCUCUCAGAAACCGUUAUGCCACGUUUUGCUGAACAAGUUGAGGUUGCCAUUGAAGCUUUGAGUGCGAAUGUCCCACAGCCAUUUGAAGAGAAUGAAUUCAUAGAUGCCUCCCGCUUGGUUUAUGAUGGAGUUCGUGACAUCAGGAAAGCUGUUCUGAUGAUAAGGACCCCUGAAGAGUUAGAGGAUGAUUCAGACUUUGAACAAGAAGAUUAUGAUGUUCGCAGCCGAACGAGUGUUCAGACUGAGGAUGACCAGCUUAUUGCUGGGCAGAGUGCAAGGGCUAUCAUGGCUCAACUGCCCCAGGAGGAGAAGGCUAAGAUUGCGGAGCAGGUAGAGAUAUUCCACCAAGAAAAGAGCAAACUGGAUGCUGAGGUGGCCAAAUGGGACGACAGUGGUAAUGACAUCAUUGUGUUGGCAAAGCAGAUGUGCAUGAUUAUGAUGGAAAUGACAGACUUUACUAGAGGUAAAGGGCCAUUGAAGAAUACAUCUGAUGUCAUUAAUGCUGCCAAGAAGAUUGCAGAAGCAGGCUCUAGAAUGGACAAAUUGGCACGAGCUGUAGCUGAUCAGUGCCCUGAUUCAGCCUGCAAGCAGGAUCUGUUAGCAUAUCUACAGCGCAUUGCCCUCUAUUGCCACCAGCUCAAUAUCUGCAGCAAGGUGAAGGCAGAAGUGCAGAAUCUUGGAGGAGAACUUAUUGUAUCAGGGACUGGAGUUCAGAGCACUUUCACUACCUUUUAUGAGGUAGAAUGUGAUGUCAUAGAUGGGGGCAGGGCUAGUCAACUUUCUACCCACCUACCCACCUGUGCUGAGGGAGCUACGCUUGGGAACGGAAGCAGUGACUCCUCCACGCUGGACAGUGCUACGUCCCUCAUCCAGGCAGCUAAAAAUCUGAUGAACGCUGUGGUCCUUACUGUGAAAGCAUCAUAUGUGGCUUCUACGAAAUAUCAGAAGGUCUAUGGUACAGCUGCAGUGAACUCACCUGUUGUAUCUUGGAAGAUGAAGGCCCCUGAGAAGAAACCCUUAGUAAAGAGAGAAAAGCCAGAAGAAUAUCAGACACGAGUGAGAAGAGGUUCCCAGAAGAAACAUAUUUCCCCAGUACAGGCUUUAAGUGAAUUUAAAGCUAUGGAUUCCUUCUAA